AUGUCAUCCAACGACCUGCAAGCUCUGUUUGCCAACUUGAUGUUGAAGCCUCGCGACUCUCCUACCCCAUCCCAUACGCCACACCAAUCCAACUCUGCAGGCCAACCUUCUCCUUUCCCAGGCGCCUCUCCGUUGCCUUCGAGCCCUCCUCCUGCUGCUCCUGUCGCGAACCACAACUCCUACAACCAGAUGGCUCAGCCAAUUGCGUCUGCGCCUUCUGCUACGGCGCAGUCGUUGCUGAACCUGCUUAAUUUUGGCCCUUCGGCCUCUACACCUCCUAAGGCAAACUCACGACCUCUCUCUUCCACUAGCAAUGCUGCGGCGGUCGUCGAGGAGAAGAACGACAAGUCAGCGGGUACUGCUGCCGGGCAAGGUUCGUCGACUUCAGCUUCGGAUCUCCUCGCAAAGUUGAUGUCACCUUCGCCUGCCCAAGGCGGCUCAAAAGCCCAAUCUCCGCUGAACCUGGAGGAUCAAGGCGGUGGCGGCGGUAGAGGCGGUAGAGGCGACCAAGAAAAUUCUACGCCUGAUCGUGAUGCCUCGCAGGAUGCGCUGCUCAAGCUCCUCAGCAAAACCCAUCUUGGCAAUUCCAUCAGCACGCGCCAGAAUCUCGUUGAAAAACCGCGGUCUCCAUCAACAGAUGCAAAGUCCGAUGCGAAGACUAAAGAAGCUAAGCCUACGAGUACAGAAUCAUCAGCUCCUUUAUUCGGAUCCAGUUCCGCGGCUGAGGGCGCCUUGUUUGGAGCUCUUGGUAAUGACACUAAGCCACCAACCCAGAGUCAACCCCUCUUCACCUAUACGAACCCAUUUGAAGCACUACAGGCAUCUUUGAGUGCCUCUCGAACACAAACUCCUAAAGAGGGCACCACUGCUUCCGAACCUGCCAAUGUCAAUGUCCCUCGAUCAAAUGUCGAGUCUGGCAAUGAUCUGUCAGAUUCGCGUGUCGGUACAGGUGAGCAAGUGGCCAAGCGGAAAAUACUCACUCCUAGACUACCGCUGGCAUCAAAGAACGCCACUGUAUCACGCGAUGGCUCAGUUACCGGAGCAACUCGAGAGACUGAGACAGAAGAUGCAGUUCCAACGGAAGAGGUUGUCGCUCCUGUCUCAGCGGAGACCAAAUUGAAAGACGAAGGCAAGGAGAUACAUCUGAACGCCAGCAACGGCGUCAAACAGGAACUAGGCUCCGGCGCGGACAAGAGCGUCGAGCAGCCAGCUGACGGUGGGGAUGACUGGGAAGACACGGAAGAGUCACCAAACAAGGAGUCCUCCAGGAUCGUCCCAGUCUACAAUUUUCCCAUCAAGCCCUUUGUUUCGAUCACUUUGCACUUGUCAAAACCUUCGAGCGUUGGCAUUAGAGAUGAUGGCGUGAUGGAGAUAUCAAGACUCAAGAAAGAUUUCGACCAGUUGGACCGUUCUUUGGCAGCUGCGACAUCAAAGUACAUUGCCUAUGCCUUAGUGAAGAACGGCGGCAUGCGCAUCAUCAGACAAGACGACGGCAGUGACCGACAAGUCUUCAAGAAUUCUCAUGAUCGAAUAUUCAAUGUUGCUCUCUGCACAACCUCUGCUGCUGGGGAAUCAUCGGAUGACCAGGCGCUCCUAGGAACUGGGGUCAGUGGCACUGUGUAUUAUGCUACCAUCAACAAGGACGGAAAUGAUCUAUUCGAGAAAAACGCACUUGAUACUGAAAGCCUCAUUUUUCCGCCUUACCCUCCGGCUGACGAGAACGCAUCUGGGGGUGUACUCAAGACCCGCGCAAAGAGAAGCUCUCGUCACCCAGAGUUCUUCGCCAUUGGACGCGGUAAGGCAAUCCAUCUCGUCUGGCCAGCAACGGCGCUCUCUCCACGGUACGGUAUCAGUGAGCACAAUCGGCGCGUCGAUGUCGAUAAAUUCUUCCAGGAAAGGUCCCUUCAGAUCUCUACUGGGAAGGCUGGGAAAGACUUCAUCUUCAGCGAAGAUGACACUUUAAUCGUUUCUUUGGACAAGACCGGACGAUUACGAUUCUGGGACAUUCGCAAGCUGAUUGACGAGUCAAAUGCCACCUCAACUCGGCUAGCUAGCAUGACUAUCGACCUCCCGAUCUUGUCCCUUUCCACCGCAUCCCCAGCGGAGAAGUCGUGGCCAACGUCGGUUCUAUUCGUAGACAAAGCUCGUCCAUAUGUCAAAGGAGGCGCGCUCCGCUACGUCCUUGUCGGCCUGAGGCAGAAUCAUACUCUUCAACUCUGGGAUAUCGCUCUCGGCAAAGCUGUUCAGGAGAUCAAUUUCCCUCACGAGAAUGAGACUGACGCGAUCUGCAGCGUGUGUUAUCACGCAAAUAGCGGGUUUAUUGUUGUCGGGCACCCGACCAGAAACUCACUCUUCUUCAUCCACCUCUCCGCGCCCCGUUAUACGAUCAGCACUUCUCUGACACAGGCUGCAUACGUGCAGCGCAUUGCUGAAAAGGACCCGGAACUACCAAAGCCUGAUUCCACGGCCUGCAUGAGUGGCAUCCGCGAAAUGUCUUUUGCAGACAAAGGACAGCUCAGAAGCGUUGAGCUCCUUCCAAUCUAUCGAACUGCAGAGGAGCAGAGGGCUGUCGACGAAAAGACGCCGCUUUUCGAACUCUACGUCGUGCAUUCAAAAGGUGUUACGUGCCUCAACAUUACCAAGGAAGACCUAGGCUGGAAUGCGAACUACAAGGUGGUUCACGGGAUUGAUGCUGCGAAGGAAGGCUUCGUCACGUUGAAAGAGCUGCGCCUUGGGACAGUGAUCGAGGAGGGCCCCCGAGACAAGAGUCCAGUCGAAGAAGGUCCAACAAGUAAGAGCUCGAAGAAGAAGCAAGCAAAGAAGUCCUCGUCGUCUGCGGAACGUGUGGAGACUGUUCAGGCCGAGGAUUUGGAACUUGGCAAACCAGCGGUUACGCAGCCUCCCAGCAAAGCCGCUGAACCACUCACAGAGGUGACUAAUAUCGAAACUCCUGUUGCAAAGGAAACAAAGAAGAGCAAGAAGAAGUCUGCCCCACCCACCGAACCACGGCUCCCUGAUAAAGUCGCGCUCGCCGGUUCAAGUGCGAAACCAGUCUCAACGGGUAUAUCCACCCCAGCAACUGCGGAUGUAGCCCCCAUUGAUGAGCAGACUUCUGCUCCAGUGGCUGGAGUUGUCCCGCUUCCUUCAACCGCCGAGACAUCCGUGAAACCUGAAGCCGUUACUGUCGGAAUUUCAGGUGGUUGGCUUGACAAGGAACUGAAGAAGGUCGAGAAAGCCGUAUCAACGGAGUUUCGUAAAGAGCUGGACUCUCUCUAUCAUAACCUCCAAAAUGAUCGGAAUGUCCAAGACUCUGCUGCCAUAGCCCGUCAGGAAGCUCUCCUUCGGUUGGUGUCGACAACUUUGAGCACCAACGUUGAAAAAUCACUUUCCCGCAUUCUUUCGGCUCAAAUGCAACAAUCAAUGGUUCCAGCACUUACAGCGGCUACAGUCCAAGCCGUGGGUACUCAAGUGGGAGAAGCUGUGGCGAAAUCCCUCCAUUCUCUCGUCCCCCAUGAACUGGGCGUGCAACUGCCUAUUGUGCUCAAUGGAGUUCUGCAGAGUCCGCAGAUGACUCGGACGAUAGCAGAUACAGUCUCGCAGAAGAUUUCAAAGGAGAUUGAGACUCAGCUCAACGAUCUUAUGCAGAAACAUGUUGUGCCGACGUUUAAGACGCUAGCCGCUUCAGCAGCUGAAAAGGCCGCAUCUGAAGUUGAAGUCCGCCUGCGAAGUGAAAUCCGUCAACUAGAGAGUGACCGACGAAAUGACCUGACUAGGCUCGAAAAGUUGGGCCAAGUCAUUCAGGCCACUGCUGAGGCAUUGCAGCAAAUGUCCGACACCCAAGUGGCCUUUCAAGGCCAAAUUCUUAGGGAUCGUCGACAGCUUGCACUUCUCGGCGAAACCAGCUCAUCUCCAGUGUCUCGCCAAGUAUCGACGGCCCGUAUGACUCCUUCGCCACGAGCCGUCCCCCGACCUAUGGUUCCACGACAGAAAACUAAGGAGGAGCUGGAGUUGGAGGAGAUCAGCCAAUUGAUGAAUGAGGGUCGGUACGAGGAGGCCUCAAUCAAAUGGCUCCAGUCAUCCCAACCGGCAGAGCUGUUUGACAAGCUGUUCAUCCACUUCACUCCGGAGUAUUUAUCGACUGAUGUCUCCCCACUGAUCGCCUUUUCCAUCGCUGUCACCAUCGGAAAUAGUCUGACGACCAAUACGGCUCAAAGACUGGAGUGGAUCUCUGCCGCAUUCAAUGCGGUCGACCUUGCUGAUCCUGAAAUUUCUGACCUGGCCCAACAUGCGCCGGCAUUGUUGAGCUCCUUAAUCCAGAAACUGGAGCGGCUCUACUUGACGAUCGCGGAGCGUGAUCCGACCGAUCCAGCGCUACAAAUCAUGCCGAUUGUUUCAAGGAGGGCGAAGGAGAUGAGGGCCUCCUUGGAGGGACCGGCUCGCCAUGGCGUUGAAUUCUAG